AUGACUACAAAUGUCUAUGCUGGAAUUGAUAUCGGCUCAGCUUCAGUUAGGGCUGCUACACUAGAUGAACAUGGCACACUUUUGACGGUUGCCGAGCAUGGCAUAAACAAAGUUGAAUAUGCCAAUGCUCCCGGCUUUGUUACCCAGGAUGCCUUUGAAAUCUGGAAAGCUGUCAAAUUUUGCCUCAAAUCCGCAGUUGAAGAAUUGAAGGCGCAAAUACCAGACUUCCAAGUGGACGGUAUUAGCUGUGCUGCUACAUGUUCGCUGGUAGUGAUGAAACUAUCUAGCUCUGGAACGGAUCUACUUGAACCAUACUCUGUUGCCCCAGACAAGAGCAACCCCAGCUCCAACGUGGUUAUGUGGAUGGAUAAACGGGGCAAUUAUUCUGAGACAUUGGGUUUCAGCCACCCCAGGUUGGGUGGUGCUUUCAACCCAGAGAUGGCUAUCCCGAAGAUUUGCAGUAUAAUUGAAAGUGCAGGAGACAUACAAGUAUCCAAGUUGAGGUUCUUUGACCUUCACGACUUCAUUUCAUUUAUGCUAUGCACUAAUAACAGAAUUGAGACCGAGGGAUUUAGUUUCGACUAUCACCACCUCGAUGACAAUGAGAUCGGCAUGGGAAUCGAUGGCUCAUUAAAAGGUUUUUCCAAAGAGCUUCUAGCCAGCUUUGGGUUGAAGUGUAUUGCUGCAAAUGACUUUCAAAUGGUUGGACGUGUAGAAAAGAGACUGAAACACAAAGAACACUUACCCAUUCCUUAUGCUGGUUGCCGAAUUGGGAAGGUCAAUCCUGAUCUGGCUCAAGAAAUCGGAAUUCGCUCAACUGAAAAGUCUCAUGAGACAUAUGUUGGUCACGGCGUCAUAGAUAGCUAUGGAGGAUGGCUAUCCACAAGCGCAGCUUUUCCGGUGCAGGAUGGACUAGCCUCGGUUGUGGCAGGUACCUCCACUUGCGUUAUCAUGACUCGAUCUGACUCAAAAUCGAUUGAAGUUGGACCAAAAGAUGGACUCUGGGGUCCAUUUCUGGAGUUGGAUAAGGGAUUGGGGGUAUAUGAGGGAGGUCAGGCGGCAGCUGGUCUUCUGAUUGAUCAAAUAAUAAAAUGCCAUCCCGCGUACCCAGAGCUACAGUCUAUAAUGGCCUCACAUAAUACAAAUGCUUUUCAAGCUUUGGAGUACGUUAUUGAGCAUUACUCGACACUCCACAAAAACAACUUCCAUUAUCUGACAAGAAACAUGUUCUUGUAUGGUGAUGUGGCUGGAAAUCGGACCCCAUUGAACGAUCCUCAAAUGACUGGCAGCUUCAUCGGAAUGGGAACCGACAACACACUCUUUGACCUUGCGAGUCGGUACAUAACUGGCCUUGAAUUUUUGGCUUUGCAGCUUUGGGAUAUUAUGCGCAACUUUGAAGUGGAAAAGGUGGUGGUUUCGGGUUCUUUUGCAAAGAACAGAAGGUACCUUGGUCUUCUCGCUAUAAUUGGGAAAUCAAUUGGCCACUUCAGUGUAUUUGAAAGUCACCAUUCGAAGCAUGAAGUCGCAAGGGGAGCUGCUUUACUUGGAAGGUGUGCUUCUCUGUCUUGCAAUAGCAUUGGAGAGUCAUUGAUUAGCCUCAUGAAAGCUGAUAAGACAAUUGCAUUCCCAGUGGAAGAGGUGGAGAGCUGGGAACAGACUGCCAGGAUUCUGAGAGCCAAAUACGAAAUCAUGUUGAACAUGAUGGAGUCACAACGAACUUAUAGACAUAUGAUUGCAUCAUCGUUAGAAAACCCUUUUUAG